AUGGCAACCGUGCUCCCCGGCCCUUUGGGCAUUACUGCUCCUACGGAGCUGGUCAACGAGGCAAUCGCUAGCCCGGACCAGCUUCGCAAGAUGUCUCAGGCUGGCGAUCAUCCCGGCGUGCAGAUCACCUACUGGGCCAAGGUUGAGCGUGAAAUGGAGGAGGAGGAAUACCGACGCUACAAGGCCAUGACCGCCGAACACACCUUCACUGACCAUGUCAAAGGCUACUUCAGCAGCGAUCGCUACGACGACGUCAAGAAAAUGCAUGAUACCUCGCGUGCGCUGCAGGUCAGUGAAGAGAGUGCCCACUGGUCUGAGAAGGACACCAGUCCUGACGUCAAACCAAUUGGACCUGCCACUCACGACUUGGAUGCCGAAUGGCGGCAGGCUUCUCGCGCCCUGCGGACUGCCAGCUGGGGUGGUGUCUUCUACUUGAUUACCACCGACAUCCUGGGCUGGGGCCAGACACCGUAUGUCUUUGCCAAUGACGGCUAUGGCCUCGGGGCUGGUAUUUUCGUUCUCAUGGGCCUGGCUGCCGGUUGCGCCGGCUUCAUGAUUUGGAGAGUGUUCAUUGGCCUGGACUCUUCUCGUUACCCUAUCAUGAGUUACGGUGAUCCCUUCUUUCGUCUGUACGGCCCCUGGAUGCGUCACUUCAUCAACGUCGCUCAGGCGAUCCAGAUGUUCCUCACUGUUGCGGUCGUCCUUCUGGGCCAGACGGGUUUGAUUGCCCAGCUCGCUGGUAGCGUCAACCUCUGCUAUGUUGUCUGCGGUAUUAUCUCCCUCGUCGUGUCAAUGGCCAGUGGAGGUAUGCGGACUUUGAAGCACCUUGGCUGGUUCUGUAAUGCGGCGGUGUGGAUCAACAUUGUCUCCUUCAUUAUCAUUUGCGUUGCCGCCGCCAAGUAUGGACCUGACCCAGCUGCAGCUGUCCAGAACGGUAUCUUGAACAAGGCCUGGGCAAGCGUUGACACCAUGGCCCCCGUCAGGACGUUCGCGGGCACACCCCCACCGGAGUAUCAGCAAACCAACACGGACCUCUUCGCCGCUAAGUUCAACGGAAUCAACAGCAUGGUUUACGCUUAUUCCGGUGCCGUUAUGUUCAUUGCUUUCUUGUCCGAGAUGCGUCAUCCCAUGGAUUUCUGGAAGGCGGUCCUCCUCGCCCAGGGCUUCAUCACUGCGGUUUAUAUCUUCUUCGGCGCUUUUACGUACAGCUACUAUGGCCAAUAUGCCUAUACCACCAUUUCUCAGACUGUCCGACCUCUCGGCCUCCAAAUCGUCAGCAAUGUGCUCGGCCUCAUUACCGGCUGGCUCGCAGUCUUCUUGUACUUUAACGUUGGCAUGAAGGUCGUUUACCUUGAAGUUGGUCAACAGAUCUUUGGGUUGCCUCCCAUUUCCACCACUAAGGGCAAGUACUUGUGGUGGGCUCUUGGGCCCUUUUACUGGAUCGUUGCCUUCGUGGUGUCGAUGUCUGUGCCCCAGUUCAAUGCGUUCACCAACUUUGUCGGAGGUCUCUUCAGUCUGAACUUCACUUACUCCUUCUCCGGAUUUAUGUACUUGGCAUACAAGAUCCACCAAGGCGCGGCCCUUCCCGGCGAAGGCUUCGACCCUGUCACCGGCGUUACUACCCGCCACGACGAAGGACCCAAGAGAUACAUUCGUGGAUUCCUCAAGCUUUGGUACAUCACCAUCCCUGUGCUAAGCUUCACUUGUGCCGGUCUCGCCGCAUCUGGUAUGGGUACAUGGGCCGCUGUUGAGGGUUUGAAGGCAGCAUUUGGACCUGGUGGUUCGGUGUUGACCUCUUGGACUUGCGUAAAUCCUUACUAUAACCCAUAG